AUGGAAUGGAAGAGACAAAAUGAACCGUUCUCGAUACCAGUCGAUGUCCAUGAAGCCUUGUUUCGAAAUACUUUUCAAGAUGCUCGCUACCAAGCCUGGACGCAGACGGAUCGCUGCUGGCAGUUGCAUAUCAAUGGAGGACCAGGAAGUGGCAAGACUACUCUCGCAGCUCUAAUCGCAAGACAACUAUGGAGGGAUGGCGCUGCUCCUGUCGCACUUAUCCAUGUUCACGAUGAUGAGCCGUCCGGUACGCAACUGCAGGAUGACACACUGCCUCACAAUCGUGCUUCUUGUCCGGACAAGUUUCUCGGCUAUGAUGGGUCCCUCAGAACAGGAGUCAUAAACGUGUCGUCCUCAGGGACAGACCUCCAAGACUUGUGCACACUCUUGGCUGAGCAACUCCUAAAAUCAGAUGGGUUUUAUCUCAUUGUGGAUGGCUAUGAUCGGAUACCAUACUCGAAGCAAUGCGAGCUGCAGCACAACUUUCGUCAGCUCCAGUCCCAAGGGUUAAGGGUGCUGCUUUUCAGUGCGGUAUCCAAGCUCGACGUCUUCCCGCCAGCCUGGCCUGUUGAGUGCGACAAGUGUGGACGUGGGAGGGAGGAGAAAGAUGGCCUGUACAUCUACUGGGCAUGCGAUCUAUGUCCUUGCGAUCUCUGUGACAUGUGCAAAACUGCGGGUAUCCACUGUGAUGACCGCCAACAUCAAAUGUCUGAGCCUUACGAUGUGGUCAACAUGAGGCUUGUUGCAGUACCCUCAGAGCUGGAAUCCUUUGUGAGGGCUGAUUUGACCGCUGAAUAUGGUUCGGGAUUAAACGACGACGUUGUCGAAGCUGUCUGCGAGUCCAGUGACGGCAACACGAAUCUCGCCAAGCUUCGCCUCGACCAGAUUCGUGAUCUUGAUUUUCCUUCUGACAUUUUGUCGCCUACUGAUCGCCUUCCUCGGGAAGUGGUCGCAUUCUUCGAUGCGGAGAUCAAGCUCAUCGACAUUCUGGAACCAUCUCAGAGGUACCAAACGUUGUUGGCCCUCAUAGCCAUAGCAGCAGCUGGAGAUUGGAUGUCAGUCAUCAGACUCGAAGAGCUUUUGAGUCAUAUGAGCGGCUCUGAUACGGUCUGCAGUGACGGAUCUUAUCCUCAAGUGCGUCGCGUGUUGAGUUCUGCCCGUGGACUGCUUUCUUCACUUAUUUUCUUCGGCAACUUAUCACCUGGGCAUGAAGAGUCGGACAGACAUAGGAUUGGUCUCUAUACUCGGGAUCUAGGCUGGUAUAUCCGCGAAGACUACAAUCAGGAUCUAGUUUUAGCCAAGCGGUACCUGAGCGAAGCCAAUAUAGGAGAACGUAAUCUGCAUCGCAGCUACAGUUUCGAAAAAACCGUCGGUGAAAGAAAGCAGGACAUUGGUGAGCCUAAUGACACAUUAUAUGGUGUCUGGAGGUCAAAGUCCAAGCUCCAUGAAAUCUCCGGUAACAGCGUCAUUGACUCAAUACUUCGAGAACCCGAAGGUAUAUGUACACCUUGCCAAGAAAGUAUAUUCCUGCCAAAGUCGAACUCAGGAGUACGAAAAUGGUCCAAUUACGAUCAUAACCGAGAUAGGAAGACAUACUGUCAAUUUUGCUGUUACGCCUACAACGAAAUGGAUGAUAAAGGAACAAGUAUGCUGGCUUUUCAUUGGACAAGGCGGACGAUGGGCCGCACCUCCAACUCCAACGAUCACAUGGUUGUGGCUCUGAGACACACUGAAUCCUCUGCACAAACAUCGUUCAGGCGAUUUGUCUUUAUGUUGAAGUCGGAACUCAGAUUUCUACCGGCUCAUGAUCGUCUGGGUGAGACGACUACCCUGAAGCACACUGGCAAACAAAUUCAAAAGUGGUUAGAAACUUGCCGAACGGAGCAUACUCACUGCAACUACAAAAAGGUGAAACCGUACGUGCCCAAACGCCUCGUGGAUAUCGGUACAGGUGCUUCCGACAGGCUGCGCAUCAUUGGGAAGGAAGAGAAGGAGGAGGGGCCGUAUGUCACUCUGAGUCACAGCUGGGGGCGCAAUCCUAACUUUCUGACGCUCACCACCAAAGACAAAGACAGGCUCAUGAAGCAGGGCUUCUCGGUAACAGAGCUCAGGAACAAGAACUUCGAGCAGGCUAUCGAAGUCGCGCGACAUCUCAAAGUAAAGUACAUCUGGAUCGAUUCCUUGUGCAUAUGCCAAGCUGGGAGAGACAAAGAUUUCAGAGAGGAAGGGCAAUAUAUGCACCUUGUCUAUCAAAAUUCGUUCUGCAACAUUGUUGCCGCAGACUCAAAAGAUGGCCAGGGUGGUCUUUUUAGGAAUAGACCUAUCGAAACGUUGCCGGGUACAGAUACACAAGGAUCCUGGUUGGUUUUAGACAAAGAGCUUUGGGCAAAGCAACUGUUACAGAGCCCUAUAUACACGCGUGGCUGGGUGUUUCAAGAAAGGAUGCUUUCUCCUCGAAUCAUUCACUUUACACGCUCUCAAGUGUUUUGGGAUUGCAGUACAGUCAGCGCAUGUGAGACUCUGCCAGAUGGACUGCCGUUCGCCCUCUCCGCAAUAGCUACAACGGACCGUCGCUGGCGUGGCCGCCUGCAGCGUAAGAAUUCGGAACAAGACAGAUCUAAUCUUGCUGUUGAAGACUCUUUAGAGAAGUUUUGGAAAAGUGCCGUCCUCAACUACACUUCUUGCGACUUGACAAAUCAAGCCGAUAAGACAUUAGCAAUCUGGAGUGUUGCCAAGUUGGUUCGAGACAACCUACCCGAUCAAUAUGGCUGCGGACUUUGGUCAGUCGCCUUGCACGAGCAACUAGCAUGGCAAGUCAAAGUCGUCAAACACGGUGCCAGAAUGGACGUCUUACAAUCAGUAUUCCCCAGCUGGUCGUGGGCUUCGGUAAAUGCACCUAUCCUGGUACAGGAUCGUAUCGUGGCAAAGAGGUGCUACACUGUCAAGAAUCACAAGGGAGCUGCGCUUAGCUUCAGCGACUUCAAAGACAAAGCAUUGAUUAGGGAUAUGCAGCCUCAAUUCGCGGCAUCUGAUUCGCUUGCAGUCAGAGGCCACCUCAUCUGCGGGAGGUUGGAGAGAAGUGCACGCGAUAGAACUCAUACAUUCCAGAGAGUAGAAGCUGGUUCUUCGCACAAGUACGAGGUAAUCACUGACGAGGAACUUCCUGAAGCGCUACUCAGCUCGUGUUUUUAUCUAAUGCCGCUCGUCGCCCGCAAGACGAGCGACUCUGAGAUAGCAUACACCGGCAGCGCUCUUGUGCUAACUGUCACUGGUGAUUACCGGCAACUAACCCACAUGAGAUUGAUGAAACAACUACUCAAUCUGGUUAGUUUCUCUCUGCCUCACCCAGAUAAAGGUACACCACAUGCAGAUCGAAAGUCCAAACUGCAAAUGCUACGCCGAAGUGUUGAUGCUCUCAAUGCAUGUCUUCACAAAAUAGUAAAGCAAGAUCGGGAACUACCACUGAGGGAAGGAAAUGCGUUCCGCAGGGUUGGUGUUGUCCAAUUCCACGAUCUCCCCGCAAAAGAGUGGGCUUGUAUAAGGGCAAACGAGGAGAGGUUGAUUUGGUUGGACUGA